UUUACUAGUAAUUUCACCCGUCCUUUAAAUACUCUUCCUCUCUUCCCUCCCACCAAAGACCACAAGAGAGAGAGAUAAAAAAAGCAAACUUCUGCUUUGAGCGUCUUCAGACUUCAUAGAAAAUGGGUGAGGAGAAGAAGGAGGAGGAGGUGAAGAAGAAGGAGAAAGAGGAAAACAAGGACGAAAAGAAGGAAGAAGAGAAGAAAGAAGAAGAGACUCCAGAGAUUGUGCUCAAAGUUGACAUGCAUUGUCAAGCUUGUGCUCGCAAAGUUGCAAGAGCCUUGAAGGGAUUCGAAGGAGUGGAGGAGGUGAGUGCAGAUAGCAAGGCGAGUAAAGUGGUGGUGAAAGGCAAAGGAGCAGACCCCAUUAAGGUUUGUCAAAGAUUACAAAAGAAAAGUGGUAGAAAAGUUGAGCUAAUUUCGCCUUUGCCUGACCCUCCAGAGGAGAAAAAGGAAGCACCAAAAGAAGCCAAAGAAGAGCCUCCAGUUACUGCAACAGUUGUGUUGAAUGUUCCAAUGCAUUGUGAAGCUUGUGCUCAAGUCUUACAGAAGCGUAUAAGAAAAAUUAAAGGUGUUGAGUCAGUGGAAACCAACCUUGCCAAUGGACAUGCAAUUGUAAAAGGUGUAGUUGAUCCAGCAAAGCUGGUGGAUGAUGUGUACAAGAAGACCAGGAAGCCAGUUUCCAUUGUGAAGAAUGAGGAGAAGAAGGAGGCAGAGAAGAAAGAGGAGGAGAAAGACGGUGAAAAGAAAGACGAUGGCGGGGGUGAGGAGGCCGGGAAAGGAGAGGAUGAGAAGAAGCUUGAGAUCAAGAGAAGUGAGUAUUGGAUGUCCAAGUACUAUCUGGAGUAUGCUUAUUAUGAUCCUCCUCCUGAUCAAUUGUUUAGUGAUGAGAAUCCAAAUGCAUGCUUCAUAAUGUAAUGUAACAAUUAAUCCGUGGAUUAAUUAAUGUAUUAUUAUAGUUAAUUAGGUAUGUGUGCAUGCAGUUUUCUAUGUGGUUAGGUUAAAUUGUAUGUGAUAAUAAGACGUGAGCUUGGCACAAACGGAGAUCAAGGAUUUAAGCGAUCCUUCAUGUUAUUUUAUUUGUAGUUAUAGGCCUUGUUUCUUGUGAAUAUUUUGGGGUUAUCAUUUAUGUAUUCUUUUCUUAUUGUUAAUCAAGCAAUUUAUUUGCCU